AUGGACACAGAUCUGGAGAGGGAAGUGCGCAAGCGCCAGAGGAAGGCAGAGGCUGCCUGCGUGCAGCGGUGGCGAUGGCUAUUGGUGCUCUGCAUUGGCACCUCAGUGGCAGCUCUGUCAAUGAUCCUCAACCUGGGCAUUGCAGGCCUGAACUUGGUCAAGAUCAAGGCCACUGAGCGCCUCAUUGCAAGCACAGGGGGUUUCUGGCGGCCAUAUUUUCUGUAUGUUGGUCUAUCAGCCGCCUAUGCUGUUUGCGCGGGUGCAAUUGUUGCUUUUUGGGCGCCUGCUGCUGCGGGCUCUGGAAUGUCUGAGAUAAAGGCGUAUUUCAAUGGCGUGCACAGCCCAGGGCUGCUGUCACUGCGCACAUUGGUGGGCAAGCUCGUGAGCGCAUUGUUUGUGCUGUCAGCUGGGCUCAUAGCGGAGGGAGAAGCGCCCUUUGUUCACAUUGGGGCCGUUGUGGGUGGCGGUUUUGCAUCUGCUGGAUCCAGGUCCCUCACAAAGCUGCUGCGAGGCCGAUUUGAAGUGAAGCUGCCACGAAGCUGGGGUGGCUUCUUUCGCAAUGACUUUGACCACCGGAAUUUUUCUGCCAUUGGUGCAGCUGCCGGUAUGGCGGUGGCAUUUGCAGCCCCAGUGUCAGGAAUGGUCUUCAUUGCGGAGGAGAGUGCGGCCAAUCUAGGCGCUCCAACUUAUUACAAGGCGCUCGCAGCCAAUUGUGUUGCCAUUCUCAUUUUCAACCUGCUCUCUGCAGCCUACAACACCGGCUCGGUUAUGGGGAAUACAAGGUUAUUCUCUCUGCUGGACACCUCGACAGCAGAUGUACUGGGUCUCUUUUACGUCCGUCUUUGGGAGCUCCCGAUAGUGGUCGCAAUGGCAUGUGCAAUUGGGGCGCUGGGCUCACUGUUUGUCGCGCUCAACUCGCACUUGGUCUACGCGUUGCGCAAGCGGUUUAUUCCUUCCACGUCCCGAUUCAGGCGCACCCUGGAGGUGGUGGGGCUUGCCGUAGUAACAGGCACGCUGUGGUUUGGUGUCUCUUACGGCUCCCCUUGCAGCCCCGUGCCUACACCAGAGCAGCAGGCGGUGCUUUUCCCCGAGCCCCUGCCCUCCAACAUCGUCACCCUUGCGCGCUACCACCCAUACCCACAGCUGUGGUGCCCGGCCGGACAGUACAGCGUUUACGGGCAGGUGUUCAUGCGGCCCCCACGCUUGAUGCUAAAAAAUCUGGUAGGCUUGAGCCAAGGCAGCGCGCGCGGUCUGGGGCGUUCCCUCCUGGACGCCCCGACCGCCGCACUCUACGGCGCUCUCACGUUCGCUAUGCUGACCCUCACCUACGGCGCAGGCGCCUCUCUCGGCGUAAUUACCCCAGUGCUGCAGGCAAGCCGCUGUCUUCAUUUUGGCGCAGCGUGCGGUCUUCUAGUGGGCCAUGGCAUCGCCUCACUCGCUGCCACCAUUGAUGACGCCGCCACAGUGUCCCUGUCAACAUAUGCUGUCAUUGGCGCAGCAGCUUUUUUGAGCGGCUGCGUCCGCUACAAGGCCUCAGCUGUGCUCAUUGCUGUUGAGAGCACGGGCGCCUGGGUACUUGUUGUCCCCGUCACCAUAGCAGUGUUUUGCGCCAAGGUGGUAGCAGACCGCUUCAAUCGGGGCAUCUUUGAGGCGUACCUGGACUUGGCCUGCGUCCCCUUCCUUCCUGAACCAAUGACAUCAGCCUCUGUCAGCUCGGUAACUAAUCAGCUUACUGCUGCUGACGUCAUGGCCACCGGCGUGACAGCACUGCCACCUGUGGUUGCCAUCACAGAGCUCCUCCAUGUGCUGCAGUCCACCUCAUUCCAGGCGUUCCCUGUGACAGAGGAGGUGGAGCAGGCAGCGCAGCCGGGCGCAGAGUUCCAUGUGCUGGGGGUCAUAGAGCGCAAGGCCAUGCUCAAGAUGCUGCAGCACCGCAUCGGCUUCUGUGAGGGCCUUGUCGCCGCUGAGAUAUUAAAUGCUCCGGGGCACAGCAGAAGCAGUACUGGGUUGCCCGAGGACACUGAGGAGCUGCUGGCACUGUUGGUCAGCUUUGAGCAGCGCCCCUUCAAGGCUGACUCGCCGGAGGACCAGGCCGCCAUUCUCAGAGAUGUGGGCCAGUCGUGUGUGGGGCGCUACCUCAACCUGCGCCCUUUCAUGUUCCGGGCGCCACUGCUGGUGCAGCAGGGGGCCAGCUUGACGCGUGCACUGUCGCUGUUUCGCCAGAUGGGCCUGCACCACAUUCUCGUCGCUCCCCCUGACCCCCGCGCCAUCGGUUUCAUCACCCGCAAGGACCUUGUCUAUGACAAUGCAUGCCUGGCAAACCUGCGCAAGCACAAAGCCGGCCAAAGGGAGACUCUCCCGUCAAAUGGACAAGAUAUUUGCGAUGAUAAGGAGCAGCACCCAGGAACUCUGGAUGUGGAACUGGCGGAGCGCAGGCAGCAGUCGCUCAAUGCUCUUGACAAUGCCCAUGGAUUUGAAAAGAUUGUACCUAAGGCGAGGUGUAACAUUGAAAGAUUCAGCACUGUAGCAGCAGAUGUGAUUGCCUGCUUGGAAGAUGGAGGUCGUCCGAUCAUCAUCACAGACGCAUUUAAGAACUGGCCAGCUGUACAAAAGUGGAAUUUUGAGUUCUUCAAACAGAGAUACGGCCAUUCGCCGGUCAAGGUGAACGACAGAGCACCUGCCAGGCGCGCAGACUUGAAGUCUGGACCAGGAAUGCUGCAAACACGCGACACUUCAUUGGGAACCUACAUUGACUACGUUAAGAGUCUGCCGUCAACCUUGGAGGAGCUCAGAGACAGAGCGCAGUCACAGAACGAUGCGUCCACUUCCGGUUGCUCCUCCCCUUUCUAUCUGAAUGGCUGGAGAGCGUUCUCCCAGCACCCAAAGUUGGCAGAUGAUUGUCCUGGGCCGGAGUUUCUGUGCGGCGUGGACCAGAGCACAGAGAUCCUGUGUGCUUUGGAGGCGACACUUCUGGGGAGAGCAUCACAGAAAUCUGAGGCACUACCUCAGGCAGAUACAUCAGGCGCCUGGUCUGGUAUCAGCCGCAACCUCAAGAAGGUGUUCAUGGGCCCGCCGGGGACAGUGACGCGGCUGCACUACGAUGCCGGCGCUGCUCAUGGCUACCUGGGCCAAGUCGUGGGGCGCAAGCUGUUUGUGCUGUUCCCUCCCACCGACACGCCAUUUCUGUACAGGAUUGAGGGAGAGAAUGAAACAGUACAGUCAGCAGUGGACCCUCUGGAUCACUGCACAAGCAAUGCGUUCCCCCUAUAUAAUCUCGCCUCCCCUAUCGCUUUUGUGCUGCACCCCAUGGAGGCUGUCAUAAUCCCACAGGGAUGGUGGCAUUAUGCAGUGGCGCUUGAUGCGUCGAUCACCGUGAUGCAAAGUUUCUAUCAUGCACCCACAAAUGCGGCGGGCAUGGUCGAGCUAGUUCUGAAGAGCAUUGCCAGCAUCAAAAAGUCGCGCGGAUGA